AGUAACUGAAUUUGUUAAUUACACAAAAAAUUACAAUAAAUAAUUAUAUUUUCAAGGUAAACCCACAUCUUAAUAGCAAUCGCUAUGUGAGACUUGAUGUCUAUAUUAUUUUCAAUUAUUUUCCCAUUUAUGUAUUAUGUUUUUAUGUGCUAAUUCAACCGUGCGUUUUAAGCCCUUUCCUAUUUUGAUACAUUUAUAAGUGCUUUGAGAAUAAUUAAAAAAGUAUUAGUAAAAUAUGUUUAUAAAACUCAGUUCAUCAAAAAUGACUAUGUUAAUAUUCUUUAAACAAAGCUAUGGAUAAGUAUUUAUUUUUCCUUAUUUUUCUGUUGAUUGCAUUCCCAUGGAGGACGAGUGGCGAACCCUCUUUAAUAUACAAGUUAAUAAACAUCGAAUGCUACACAAGUCCCGGAUUUUCAGCCAAUUCUAAAUGCUAUUUAAAGGCAAUAAACUGGAAUAAAGCCGUGGCGCAAAUGGACGUAGAUGUGACAAGACCGUUAAAAAAUAUUUCACUUCGGUUUCAUGUGUCAAAAAAAGACUACUCCAAUAAGUAUCAGCCUUUCCUCAUAAAUGUCGUUGUAAACAUCUGCGAUGUAUUUGCGAAACGGAAUUUUAUUCCGUACGGAAAGAUCUUUUUAAAAUUGGCACGGCAAUUCUCCAACUUUAAUCACAGCUGCCCCUAUAAAGGUCACUUAUUCGCCCGAGACUUAUUUGUGGAUACAUCGAUACUCCCUAACCUGCUUCCUUUGGGAAUUUACAAAGUUAAUAUUACCAUAAUGGAGGGUUACAUGAAUAAGCCAACUGAUUACGUUGGGGGAGUAAUGGUUUCUCUUCAGGCAAUGACACCGUUUAAGAAGAGAGGUUCCUAAAGCAGUCAGGGCUCAAAUGCUUAGAUUUUUGUUAACAUUUUUUAAUCCCUAUAAAAAAACAAUUCUUAAUCACGGUUUUAAUGGUAUAAACUCUAAUUCACAUUUUCCCAAAAUCACCCGACAAUAGGCAUCCUUAAUAGGCUUAACAAAAAUUUUCACUUUUUCACUUUUUUAAUAUAUUAAACAAGGAAAGAAUGUACUUACCAUGUCUUCAUGACCAGUUUUAUAAAAGUGAAUAACAAAGGGGGUUUUUCGC